AUGGCGGAUUCCUCGAGUCGAUCCAGAGACCUGGACAAACUUCUUCUCCGCCCUGGCAAUCUCGUCGGUCCCAGGUUCGAACCUGGCACCGAGUUGCGAGAUGACCUUCAGACCUUCGCCAAAGUGUUGGUGGUAGGGGCAGGAGGUUUGGGUUGCGAAUUGUUGAAGGAUUUAGCCCUCACUGGAUUCCGAAACCUUGAGGUCAUUGAUAUGGAUCGCAUAGAGGUUACUAAUCUCAACCGUCAAUUUUUGUUCAGACUUGAAGAUGUUGGCAAACCGAAAGCUGAGGUAGCUGCCAAGCGGGUCAUGGAGAGAAUCAGUGGCGUGCAAAUUGUGCCGCAUUUUUGCAGGAUUGAGGACAAGGAGAUUGAAUUUUACAACGACUUUAGCAUUAUUGCCCUUGGUCUUGAUUCCAUUGAGGCACGCAGCUAUAUCAACACUGUUGCCUGUAGUUUUCUAGAGUAUGAUUCUGAUGAUAAUCCACGAGAAGAGACUAUCAAACCUAUGGUGGAUGGUGGGACUGAAGGUUUCAAGGGCCAUGCUAGGGUUAUCAUGCCAGGGAUCACACCUUGCUUUGAGUGUACAAUCUGGCUUUUUCCACCGCAAGUAAAGUUUCCUUUGUGCACCCUGGCUGAAACCCCUAGAACUGCUGCCCAUUGUAUUGAGUAUGCUCACUUGAUUAAGUGGAAUGAGGUUCAUGGUGGAGUGGCUUUUGAUCCAGAUAACCCUGAGCAUAUGAAAUGGGUUUAUGACGAGGCUGUCAAGAGGGCUGAGCUUUUUGGCAUUCCUGGAGUUACUUAUUCUCUUACACAGGGUGUUGUCAAGAACAUCAUACCAGCUAUAGCUUCAACAAAUGCUAUUAUAUCCGCCGCAUGUGCACUGGAAACAUUAAAGAUUGCAACAGAGUGCAGCAAAACUUUGUCGAACUAUUUAACGUAUAAUGGAUCAGAAGGCCUCCAUACGGAAGUGGCAGAAUUUGAAAGGGACAAGGACUGUCUUGUGUGUGGUCCUGGUAUACUUAUUGAACUGGACACUUCAAUCACAUUGCAAAAGUUCAUGGGUCUUUUGGAAGAACAUCCUAAGUUGCAAUUAUCAAAAGCUAGUAUUACACAUCGAGGAAAGAAUCUGUACAUGCAAGCCCCCCCUGUAUUGGAAGAAAUGACUAGAUCAAACUUGAGCCUAUCUCUUUUUAACCUCAUGGGUAAACUGCCCAAGGAUGUUGUGCAUGUGAAUGGUACAACAAUCAAGAACGACCAAAAGUUCUCUUGUUUGAGAAAAUUACGUGUUAUUUUCAAGGGAGUUGAUGGGGUUGCGGAUAUGGAUACAGCUGGAGGAGCAUAA